CCACGGCCUUGAGGCUGCAGUGUUUGUGUUACUGUGAACAUGGCGGCGGUGGCUGUCAAACGUUGUGUUUCUCCUCUGUUCUUCUUCAGCAGAAGGCUAUCUGCACCAGAGAUAAAGUUCCAAUGCUCAUAUCAUAAAAAGGUGGUGGACCACUAUGAGAACCCCAGGAACGUGGGCUCUCUGGACAAGAACUCGAAGAAUGUCGGAACGGGUCUGGUGGGCGCACCGGCCUGCGGAGACGUGAUGAAACUGCAAAUUGAGGUGGAUGACAAAGGGAAGAUUGUGGAUGCCAGGUUCAAGACUUUCGGCUGUGGCUCUGCCAUCGCCUCCAGUUCCCUGGCGACGGAGUGGGUCAAGGGCAAAUCGAUUGAUGAAGCCUUAAAGAUUAAGAACACAGAAAUCGCCAAAGAGCUAAGCCUUCCACCUGUCAAGCUUCACUGCUCCAUGCUUGCUGAAGACGCCAUAAAAGCGGCAUUGGCGGACUACAGGCUGAAGCAGCAGGACAGUGAGGAGGAGACGGCGAAAGCCAGCAACUAACGGGUUUCUGACGUAGUAACCCAAGUCAACCAUAUCCCAUUCCUCCAUCCUCUUAAGUAGUGCAGUCCUCACAAAGGCCAACGUGAUGCAGCAGGUUCCUGCACCCUCCCCUGUAGUCGAUCAGUCAUUUAAACGCACAAUGUAACGUAGCUGCUCCUGGGGACGGUGGUGUGAAGCAAAGUCUUGUUAGUCACAGUAAAGACUGCAGGAGUGAGUGUGCCGUUCUGGGUUUGCAAUUUUCUUUUUAUAUUUUCUUUCCCUUUGGGAGAUUGGUUUGUGAAUGACUGGACAUUUGAAUAGGGAGAUACCGUAUUCGGUGAGUGUUUGAAAUACAUUGUUGGACCCCACACGAAAAACACCAAAGGCUCAUAGAUAAUUUGCAUUCGGUCACUGUCACAACAUCAGCUGUACAAGUGGUGAGAAAAGCAACCAGUUGUUGAAAAUUGUAAAUCUUGUUUAUUUGCAUUGAAAAUGUUAUUUUGGCAUUUCAGUUUUGGGGCUGGCUGGCUGGUUUUAAAACACACAUAUAUAGAAAAUAGAAUGGCUGUGGAAAAAUAUGCAGACUUCAUUAAAAAACUUUAUAAAUAAUUUAUAAUUGAGGUACAAGAGUAAUUCCAGAUGAACAGAAAUGGUUUGUUUGCCGCAUUUGUGAUGCUGUGUGGCUAUUGCAGAACUAGAUGUGCAUGAUGUAAUCAGUGUAUACCCUAGUGGCAUCCCAAUAAAUACCUACUAUUAAAAUGCAGCAAAUAAUAAACAUCAAUC